AUGCAAAACAGCAAACCAACUAAAACACCUGUUGCUGUUGGAGAAAAACUAUCGAGCCAAGGAAAUUUUGAGAAGGUAUGUGAAACUACCUACAGGAGUCUAGUUGGUUGUUUGCUAUACUUGACUGCCACUAGACCAGACAUAAUGUAUGCUGUAGGAUUGCUCUCAAGGUUCUUGCAUUGUUGCAAUGAGAAGCAUUUUCAGGCUGCCAAGAGAGUGCUCAGAUAUGUCAAAGGCACUUUGGACUAUGGCUUAAGGUACAGCAGGAAAGGAAAUCUAAAUCUAGUUGGGUACACUGAUAGUGACUGGGCUGGAUCGAUAGAUGACAUGAAAAGCACCUCAGGGUAUGCUUUCAACCUUGGUUCAGCUAUGUUCUGCUGGAGCUCGAAGAAGCAAAGUCUGGUGGCACAAUCUCUGCUGAAGCGAGAAGCAACAGAGAUCUUCCGUGACAAUCAAUCUCUUGUUGCAAUUGCCAAAAUCACAUGUUCCAUGGAAGAACAAAGCAUUUUAGCAUUAAGCUAUAUGUUGUUCGAGAAAUGGAGCAAGCUCAGAAGUGAAGCUAAUUCACUUGCAAUUGAGAGGACCACUUGCGACAUUUUGACUAAAGCCCUUAAUGUCACAAGCUUAUUUUCUUCUUUCUUUAACUCGAAAUUGUUUGUUUGCUCAGCAAGUUUCGAGGCUUGCUCGACAAGAUACUUGCUGAGUCUGCUUGAUUCUAUUGUUGCACCAACAGAAAUCCAAAAUCAAAUAGCAUACUCAUUGCGCUUGAAGCUUGAAGAAAACAGUCCGGGUGUAAGAGCCCGUAAAUUGUAUGAAAGGUUAAAGAAUGAGAAAAAUGUUCUUAUUAUUUUGGAUGAUCUUUGGAAGAAACUGGAUCUAAAGGAAGUCGGAAUUCCAUUUGGAAGUCAAUACAAAGGAUGCAAAAUACUGUUGACCUCAAGAUAUCAAAAUGUUCUAAACAACGGGGAGGAUGCUACAAAGACCUUUGCAAUUGGUGAUUUAGAUGGCGAAGAAGCUUGGGAGUUCUUUAAGAAGAUGGCCGGGGACAUUGUUGAAAGUGAUGAGGAGCUGCGAUCUACAGCAAUUGAGGUAGCCAAGAAAUGUGCAAAAUUACCACUCGCCCUUGCAACUGUUGCAAGGUCGUUGCGAAAUAAGCCUUUAUUUUUUUGGAGGGAUGCUUUACAACAAUUACAGAGGCCUUGCUUAGAAAAAAGCUCGGAUGAUAUAUCUGAUAAGGUAUAUUCGGCUAUCAAGUACAGUAUCGAUCAUUUAUCUAGUGAAGACCUCAAGCAGAUUUUCCUACUUUGCAGUUUACUGCGUCGUGACACUAGGAUUGAAGACUUGUUGAGAUAUGCUCUUGCUUUGGGUCUAAUUAAAGGAGCCAACAGCAUGAAAGCAGCACGAGAUAGGCUGUUAAAAAUGCUGAGUACCCUCAAAGAAUCUUGUUUGUUGCUUGAUAGCAAAAGUUCCAAUAAGGAGUACUUUGAUGUGCAUGAUCUUACUUAUAUUGUGGCCAAAUCAAUCGCUUCAAAGGACAAUCAAGUGCUUGCUUUAACAGAGGAGGAUAAGGACGAGGAUGAGGAUGUUGUAACAGAUUGGCGAACUGGAGAGUCAAUGAAAGAGUGCAACAAGGUUAUUUUGCGGGAUCCUAGUAUCAACGAGCUUCCUGACCAGUUGAAUAGUCCGCAGCUUUUUCUUUUCCUUUUGUUAAGCAAGGAUCUCUCCUUGACGUUGCCGGAUAACUUCUUCAAGGAAGCAAAAAAUCUUAAAGUCUUAGGUUUGACUUGCAUGCAUUUUUCUCCUUUACCUUCAUCAAUUGGUCUCUUAACUAGCCUCAGUACAUUGUGCCUAGAUCACUGCAAUUUGGGUGAUAACCUAACCAUUAUUGGAGCACUCAAGAGCUUAAAUGUGCUUAGCCUUGCUGGGUCUGAUGUCAAAAUUGUACCCAAGGAAAUUGGGCACUUGUUGAAGCUAAAGUUGUUAGAUGUAAGUGGUUGUACUAAACUCAAAACAAUUUCAGCUGACGUGUUGCCAAGUUUGUCAAAAUUAGAAGAAUUAUAUAUGGGUGGCACUUCUAUUCAAUGGGGACAACCCAAUGCUAGUCUUGCUGAACUGAACACAUUGUCUCAUUUGUCCACUUUAGAAGUUCAAAUUCCGAACGCCAAGGCUGCCCCAGAGGACUUCUUUCAAAAGUUGCAAAAGUUGGAAAGAUACAGGAUUUGCAUAGGAAAGGAAUGGGAGCGGUUUGGCAACUAUCAAUAUUCAAGAACCUUAAAACUCAGGCUAAACACAAGCAUUGAUGAUUUGGAUCAUGGAAUUAAGAAGUUGGCAAAGAGAACUCAAGAUUUACAAUUGGAUGAACUGAAAGGUGUGAAGAUUGCACUGGAGGAGUUAACAGAUUUGGAAAGGCUAUUACAUUUGCAGAAUCUGCACAUCCAAAAUGGUUUGGAUAUUGAAUCUAUAAUUAAUGAUAGAAAUGAAUUUCCACAAUUGCAGACCUUGACAUUGGAGGGUCUUCCUCAACUCGUAAGCUUUUGCUGUCAAGACAAAAUCGAUGGUACCUCAUUGCCUCAACGUGAAUUGCCACUUUUCGGAGAAAAGAUAUCGUUUCCUUCCUUGGAGAAAUUGCGGUUGUCAUCACUUAAUGUUACAAGGAUAUGGCACAACCAAUUGUCAAAUGUAUCUUUUUGUACUCACGAGAAGUUAACCACAUUGAAAAUUGAUGGUUGUGGAAACAUAAAAUACCUAUUAUCAUUUUCUAUGGCUAAAUAUCUAGUUCAUCUCAAAUACUUUGAGAUAACUGCAUGCAACAUCUUAAGAGAGAUAAUUUUUUCGGAGAAUAUUAUAGAAGAAGAAAGUCAGGCUGCUACGGUUUUAUCAUUAUUUCCUCAGUUAAAGUCCUUAGAGCUAAAGGACCUUCCGCAUUUGAGUGGAUUUUGCUCCAAUUCGCAAAAUAAAGUUAUUGGAUUUCCAUUCAUGAAGUCAAUGACGAUAUACAACUGUCCAAUAUUGGAGGGUUUCAUAUGUAGAUAUACAAGCGAAAGGAACCAACGAAUCUCUAGUCACGGUGAUUUGUUUGACAAUAAGGUUGCAUUUCCCAGUUUGGAGGAAAUGAGUGUUUCCUACUUGAGUAAGAUGAAGAUGUUAUGGCGGAACCCACUUCCACCAAAUUCAUUUCCGAAACUUCAAGAAUUGAGAGUUGAAAAAUGUGAUAAGUUGUUAACCAUUUUUCCAUCUAAUAUGGUGACAACAUUUCAAAGGCUGCAACGUCUAACCAUAAAGACUUGUGGUUCCUUACAACAAAAUGUAUUUCCAGCCUCAAUAGCCCAAGACCUACCGCAACUUGGUUAUCUUCAUAUAUUUCUUUGUGGAGUGGAGGAGAUUGUUUCCAAAUUAGGGGAAGGAUCUGAUUGGGAAGCGACUGUCAAUUUCAAGUUUGAUCGACUAUGCACCCUUGCACUUUCGAAUCUACCGAAAUUGAAAUGUUUCUACCCGGGUAAACAUAUCGCAAAGUGGCCAAUGUUAAACAAGUUGGAAGUAGUUGGGUGUGGGAAAAUGAAGAUAUUUGGUACGCAAGUGAACACUAACAAUGGACAACUUGACUCCUCAAUCCCUCCACCACUUUUCUUGGUUGAAAAGAUCAUCCCUAAACUACAACAUUUGACAUUAGAUAGUGAUUACAUUGCAAUGAUAAGUGAUGGUCAAUUUUCAAGCAGCCAUUUUCAUGAAAUAAAAACUUUUGAAGUGAGUGGCGGCGGUGCUGAACCAAUUGAUUUCCGAAUUUCUUUCCUUGAGAGAUUCUACACUCUAGAAAACCUUACUAUCUCUUGUAAUAUAAAAGAGCUAUUCUGUACUGAAGGAGAUACCGGUAAUGAGGAGAUAUAUGCCGGGACUUUGUCAACAAUUAGAAACUUAAAAUUGGAACGUCUUAAUAAUCUAAAAGAUUAUUUAUGGAAGCAAGACGCACAAGUGGGCCAGAUUCUGCCCAAACUUGAGACUCUUGAAGUUCACGAUUGUUACAAUUUGAUCAGCUUAGGAUCAUCCUCAGCAUCAUUUCAAAAUCUCACCACAUUGGAUGUGUCGAAUUGCAAAACAAUGAAAUACUUAGAUACAUGUUUAGUAUUCCAAGGUAUGGCCCAGCUCAAGAAGUUGAUGGUAAGAGACUGCAUUUCAAUGAAGGAAAUAGUUGCAACUGAGGGAGAUGAAGCAACUUCUGACAUUAUUUUCAGCAGCUUGAAAAGUUUGGAACUUGUGAAUCUACCGCGACUUAAGAGCUUUUGUUCAGGCAACCACACAUUUGGAUUCCCGUGUUUAGAGGAAUUAGUAGUGAAUGGUUGCCUUGAAUUGGAGAUAUUUUGUAAGGGAGUUUUAACUAAUCCACCAUUAUUGCAAAAAAUAGAAUAUGGAAAAGGUAAAGGACAUUGGUGUAGUGACCUUAAUAACACUAUCCAAGAAAUGUAUUCAAUAAAGGCCGGGUUCCAAGCUAUCGAGUAUUUAGUCCUCUCUGAAUUUUCCAGGUCAAUUGAAAUAUGGAAGGAGAACAUUCAUGGAAGUAUAGAUUUCAAGAAACUUAAGGUUUUGGAAGUUUAUGGGUGUAAUACCAUGACAUACAUAUUUAGCGUUUCCAUGGCUUUAGAUCUUUCGCAACUAGUAGACAUAAAAGUGAAACAAUGCCCUAUGAUGAAGCAGAUUAUCAAAAAAGGAGCAGAGGAAACUGAAAUGGAUACACUCUUGUUACCCAUGCUUAAGUGGAUAACACUUGAGUCAUGUUCAAGGUUGACAAGUUUUUGUAUGGGAAGUAUUACCCUGCGAUGUUCAUCUUUGCUUAAAAUUGUAGUGGAUGAUUGCCCAAAGAUGUAUGCAAUGGCAUCUACAAGGGAGCAAGAGGAUAUAGAGGAAGUUGGCAGAGAAAAGACACCCUUUUUCAACCAUAAGGUUUUGUGUGCCAGGUUGCAGCUCUUGAAACUAUCAUCAACUAACAUAAAAAAACUAUGGCCUGAUAAACCAGACUGGGCUAUAUCCCCUGGUGUUCUCAACUUAGAAUUCUUACUUGUGAAGGGUUGCCACAAUUUGGAAUAUCUAUUCCCAUCCUUUUUAGUCAAAAAUUUUGAGCAGCUCGAUACACUAAUCCUUCGCGAUUGCAAGAACAUGGAAGAAAUAAUCUUUACAGAUGGAUUAGCAGCCGCAACAGACGAAGAGAUACCUCAGACUUUCUUGUUCACUAAGCUACAAAUACUGGAGCUCAAUAGGCUUCCAAAACUACGGACAUUCUGCCAUCAAGAAAACUCAGAGAUCAAUACUCUCUUCAACCAAAAGGUUGCGUUUCCUAGCUUGGUCGAAUUGACAAUUGUAGGCAUGGGAAAGUGUAGAAAGAUAUGGCACGAUAAACUCACUAUGGAUUCAUUUCAUGAAUUAACCUUGCUAUUGGUGGAACACUGUGACAAACUUUCGAAUGUUUUCCCAUUUAAUAUGGUGGAAAGACUUGAAAAACUAGAAACUCUGCAAAUAUUGGAAUGCGAGUCGGUAGAAGAAAUAAUUGGACUUGCUGAUGAUCAUGGACUCAGCUCAAAUGAAACGAUUGAGCUCAAAUCAACCACCAAGUUUGUGUUUCCUAAAAUAAGAAACCUGGUACUUUAUAAGCUACCGAAAUUGAAGGGUUUCUACUCCAAGGUGCAUACUACAGAUUGGCCAUUGUUAAAAUUAUUGGAGGUGAGAGAAUGCAGCAAGGUGGAGACAUUUGCUGGGGGGUAUAUCAACUUAAGAGAAACACAAGGAGAGAGCCAACCCAUUAUCUCUGUUCCACAACCCCUAUUUUGGGUUACUAAGGAAACAUUCCCCAAUUUAGAAGAAUUGGUUUUGGAUGGGAAUGGCAAUAUGAAGGUAUGGCAUGGACAUGGAGCAGACCUCAAGCAAUAUUGUCCCAAACUAAGAGAGUUAUAUUGUCCCGAAACAUGA